GCAAAACAUGGACCUGGUCCACAAGGAAAAGGUAGACUGGUAGGCACAAGACACAGCCAGUCCCUGCUUCUGUGUGUGGGCUGCUGUAAGAUGGUUUCCUUACCCAGGCCAAACAGCUGUCUCAGGAAGAGACAGGGGCCUGGGCAGGUGAGACAGAGGAAAACUGGGUGUUUUCCAAAAGAGCACUCAUUCAUUUUCUUUUUCUAUCUUUUCAACCACUCCACCAGGAAGAGAUCUGGCCUCUAGAAACGGCUUUCUUCUGAGAGUUGCCCCUUGUCCAUUGCCAUGUAUAACUUCAUAGAGGAAAAGCCAACGUUCUUGACAGCUGUCUAUGACAGCUCCCCUGCUGGUGAUCUACUGAACUUUCCUCUGGAAGGAGCCACUGCCCGAGCAGGUUUGUGGGUUGCUCCUGCCACCUACAGGCUGCUGUUGCUCAUCACUGGGACCACGACUCCACCGUUGACAGCCCCUUCAACCAAACACAGCAUGGUUGAAGGCUGGGAGACUGAGGCGUAGAGCAACGAGCAGAACCUGGGAUUUUCACCUUGUUAGGUUGACUUCAGAGCCUGAAUUCUUGCCCAAGAAGCCUUUUCAGAGUCCAGGGGCCAUACCUCCCAGUGUGCGCCGCAUCUGCGCAGAGGAAGUGGAGGCGACCGGACUCGACCAGCGAAGGAGAAAUGCACCUCCAGGACAAGUGGCUCAGAUGGCGGAGGUUUGUUCCGCGCAUCUAGGCGGCGGCAGCCGAGGUCGGGCCGGGCGGCGCAACCGGCGCAACCCGCUGCCACCGAAGUGGUGAUGGGCAAGGAGGAGGAGAUUGCGCGGAUCGCCCGGAGGCUGGACAAGAUGGUGACCAGGAAGAGCGCGGAGGGAGCCAUGGAUUUGCUGCGGGAGCUGAAGGCCAUGCCUGUUACAUUACACCUGCUCCAGUCCACCCGUGUUGGGAUGUCUGUCAAUGCCCUACGGAAGCAGAGCUCGGACGAGGAGCUCAUUGCACUGGCCAAGUCCCUCAUCAAAUCCUGGAAGAAGCUCUUGGAUGUUUCUGAUGGCAAGACCAGGGAUCAAGGGAGGGGCACACCUCUGCCCACAUCGUCCUCAAAGGAUGCCUCAGGGACUACGGAUCUCAGGCUUUGUCUCUCUAGCUGCAAGAAGCCAGACCCACCUAGAACUUUAUCCACUCCGAGGAUCACCACAUUUCCCCCAGUGCCCAUCACCUGUGAUGCUGUACGAAACAAAUGCCGUGAAAUGCUGACUUUGGCCCUGAAAACGGACCAUGACCACAUGGCCGUCGGUGUAGACUGUGAGCAUCUGUCAGCUCAGAUUGAGGAGUGCAUCUUCCUGGAUGUGGGAAAUACAGACAUGAAGUACAAGAACCGUGUGCGGAGCCGAAUCUCCAACCUGAAAGAUGCCAAGAACCCUGGCCUGCGGCGGAAUGUGCUAUGUGGUGCCAUUACACCCCAGCAGAUAGCUGUGAUGACAUCAGAGGAGAUGGCCAGUGAUGAGCUGAAGGAGAUCCGCAAGGCCAUGACCAAGGAGGCCAUCCGUGAACAUCAGAUGGCCCGUACAGGUGGCACACAGACCGACCUGUUCACCUGCAGCAAGUGCAGGAAGAAGAACUGCACCUACACGCAGGUGCAGACCCGCAGCUCCGAUGAGCCCAUGACCACUUAUGUUGUCUGCAACGAGUGUGGGAACCGCUGGAAGGUAGGUGGGUGGGCCCAGAAUGCUCACCUCCAGUCCUGUCUCAGCAUAUAUUAGACCUGAAGUAGGAACCAGGGCCCAUUAUACCCAGCUAGUUUCCUGGGAGUCUCUGGGAUGGAGCCCCAUGCCUGUCCUAUUUCUGCCCUAGGGGGUCAUGUGGGGCCUUGGUCAGACAUUUCCCUGCCUUCCUGCAGUUCUGCUGAACCCUUGUACUGAUGUGUUGUAGUCCUGGCCAUGGCCAGCAUUGCCCCCUCCUGCAAUGUUCUUGGUGGACACAGCUUCUCUGGAGAUCCUCAGAAGGUGGCAUGCCCUGUCCCAGCCUGCCUGCCUGGUGUGCACCCUUCUGCCCUUUGUCCCUCAUUAUUAAAUGUAUUCUUUUGCCUUC